GGCAGCGUGGAGAGAGAAAAUCGCCAAAAAACCCCUUCUGCAGCAAAGUAUAAAUGUCUUAUGCACCUCCCGUCAGUUGGAAAUGAAGAGUCUGAACCGUUUUCGAAAAAGAGGUGGGAUACAUUCUGUAAAUGUUGUUCUGACUGGAAGGAAACUGACGGGAUUGAGCGGACAAUUGUCGAGAACACUGAACCACUACAACAUCUCGAAUGUGAAGAUCUACCGAGCGGUACAGGCUUUCAUCCUACUUGUUAUCGAUGGUUUGUCGACAAGAAGCGAAUAGCUACCGCUAGAAAGAGGCAGACAGCCAAAGCUGAGUCGGCUCAACAGAGGAUUUCCUCUCCAAAACUAUUACGAUCUAGAACAGAGGGUUCUGGCCAACAACAACUACAGCACACCAAAAGGAGGAAAACAGAAACAACGCUUGGAUCGUCUGGUACAGAAAAAAGCCGCAUAUUACCACCUGUCUGCAUAAUAUGUAAGAAAAUCGACAGAUUUAUCACAGCCAAGGGUAAAAGAACAAGAGCUAAACUUGUAAAAGCUGAGACAGUUGAUGGAGGUUUGUUGCGAAAUGCUGCCGAGGCAAAAAAAGAUGAAAGCGUGCUUGUACAUAUUCGUGAAAAAGACUGUAUAGCAAUUGAGGUCCGCUACCACAGACCAUGCUAUGCUGACUACACCAAGUUUCUUACAAGAAAACAACCUGCUGGAUAGGUUUAUCUUUCAGAGAUGAUAUUAUUGAUGGAUACAGUUUGAGGUAGUUGCUGGGUAAUAUGCAUUUUUAUGCAGGGGCCUAAUAGAAUGAGUUAUAGCACUAUUCAUCAUAACCAAGAUGCCGUCACUUACAUCUCCACUAGAAAUUAUUGAUUCAGCAUGUGACAAAAGUGCCCAAAUGUCCCCCAAAUAAUGAGGCCACUCUGAGAAAAAAGUGUAAAAGAAUGAGAAAUAUCUAAGGAAAUAUUAUUACCUAUCACCUAUUCAUUAUUUCUGACAAUCAUAGAAUUUUUAUUCACUUAUGUGCAGGUAUCUCAUGGAGAACUUUUAUCACAUAGUUGGAUACAUAUUUGAGACCAGAAAAACCAUUUCAGAAAGUAGUUCCAAGAUAGUUUCCACGAAAGUAAUUUUCUAGGCAUUCUACGUGUUACAGCUACCGGCCUACAAGACAUGAGCCAAUUUUAUCCCUAAUCUAUCCCCAAUGAGCAAGCCCGUGGUGACGGUGGCAAGGAAAAACUCCCCCAGAUGACACGAGGAAGAAACUUCGAGAGGAACCAGACCCAAAAGGGAACCCAUCCUCACCUGGACAACAACAGACAACAUGACUAUAACAUUAACAGUUUUAACAUGAAGUCAGUUUCGUUGAUGUUCUAACUCUUCAUUGAUGGAAACUUGAGUGCAAAACUGUUCAUGACAGCUGCAGUCCCAAAGUUAGCAACUCAACUGUAGUCCUCAGCCACAAAAGCAUUACUGUAAGUGUCCAGAGCGUCUUCCAAGUGUGACUUUCAACUGUCCAUAUGGGGCCGUCCUCCGCAGGAGCGAUGUGAUGAGACUCCAAGCAGAACGUGUAUCAGCUCUAACAAGUAGUUUCAGCUUCCCAAGUUCCUAUUCUCUUGUAACAUCUUACAUGAACACUGUGUUUCUGACUGGGUUUUGUGGAAGCAAGAAUGAUGUAGCACUGUAGUAUGGUGUAUAAGAAACCUGGAGAAACUUCUCUUCAGCCAGUUGGAGUCUUAUGGUUGAAAGCAAAUUGACUGUUCAGAACAACUGAACAAAUUGGUGGGCCUCUCCAUCAACCUUCACUGACUCCUACUACAAAUGCUGCAUCUGCAAGACCAACAGCAUUAUGGAUGACCCCUCCCACCCUUCUAAUGAACUCUUCACCCUUCCUCCAUCUGACAGAUGGUACUGGAGCAUCUGCACCAUCACCAAAAGACACUGCAACAGCUUCUUCCCUGAGGCAGUCUGACUGCUGUGUCCUGACACUCCCAACACUUGGACGAGUCAAACCAUUCCCAACACCCACCAUCGUACAUCCUCCACUACACAUCUGCACUUUAUAAUGCUGAUAUGGGCCCUUUUUUAAAAAAAAAAAAAAACACUUGCUGUUACUUUUCACUUGAUAUUGCUACUUUCACAGACGAUAGUUUUAUUGUAGUAGUUUAGUUCACUGUUAGAAAAUUGGGAGUCCCAAAAGUCUCCAUGCAUAGAGGAAAUUAACACUUUUUAGCAAUAUGUAACUUUAUUUACAAAAAAACUUCGACAUUAUUGCCAUUACUUUGGAAACACACGUGGCGUCAUCUCUCCCACUCAUGAUGAACUUGUGUUAACACAUCUGGUGUUACGCAUGUAAUUACACUUCGAAUGCAUUCCUUUAAAUGAUCUUUGGACC